UUUCCUAGGCGUCAUCCGGUCGACUGCUGAGGUUCCUUACAGCGCACUUCAAAGCUGUCACGGUGCUGAAGUUCACAGCAGAUGGCAUGACUCUCGUAUCCGCUGGAGGAGAUGGUGUGGUCCAAGUGUGGAGUGUUGUUAGCUUAUUGGACCCUACCGCUGGUGCACCCAAGCCCACAUACACCUGGUCGAGCCACUCCCUGCCUGUCACCGCUAUACACAUUGGUUCGGGCACGUCCAGCAGUUGCCGCGUUCUGACAGUGUCAUUAGACAGAACGGCAAAGUUAUGGGACAUGGCGUCAGGGAAGGUGUUGUGCACGCUCGUGUUCCCGGCUGGAUUAACGAGUUGUGCCAUGGAUCCCGCAGAGUUUAUCAUGUGUGUUGGAGCCAGUGAUGGCUACAUAUACAAGGCAGAAAUGUUCCAAUUGAAUAUCAGCGAAUCAAAGGGGAGCUCUAUAGACACCGCGAGUAGUCGACAAACUUUCCUCAGUCACACAGCUGAGGUGACCAGUCUCGAGCUGUCACAUGACUGCAAUCUUUUGGUCUCUGGUUCAUUAGACGGAACAGUCGUGGUCUGGGACUUGACCAGCUCAGAAAAGCUCAGGACAUUCCGGUUACAUGAAGGUCCAAUCACAAAUCUUUCAUUGAUUUUAAGGCCAAGGUCCGUAUUCAAUAACACAAUAGUACAGAACGACGUACCUCCACUAGAUCGAUAUCUUAGCCAGGGACCUGUGCUAGACGGUGUCCAAUUGAUUACAACGGCAACCUGCCCACCACAACCG